AUGCUAAAAAAUAAUUAACAUAAAAACCUACCUUUGUAGCAAUAUCUGAGUAGAUUUCGAAUCUGCACUCUGAUCCUCCUUAUGAAUAUUCUCAUAAUUGCCGUGAUAGUCCCACUUAUUUUAGGAGUUUACCAAAUCAACACUAAUCUAGUAUAUUAUUAUUUUCAGGAAUCUGCAAUGAUUGCAUUCAUAAAUCAGAAUAACAGGACGUUAAAUUCAAUUAUGUCAUCUCAAGUGGCUUAAUUGAAGAAUAUGAUGAAUCGAAGUAAACUUAUUGUUAAUCAUUAAGCUGAGAGAACUCUGUAUAGUUUACAAAAAUUGUAUCUUCUUGAUUAACAAUAUAAUUUUACAAUUAACGUAAAUCCGGAGGUGUGUCAUACUUAAUUUGAUGAUGAAGAUCCAUUUGAAUAUAGUUAUAACGGUUAUUGCAUAAAUAUAUAUGAUAUUGAAUUUGAAGAGUUUUAAUAAUUACCAGAGUAAGACUACUUUUCAAGGGAUUAUCAAUUUGUGUCCCUCUUGAAUGAAUGCAUAAUGUAGAUGGAUCCCACUCAAAUAUUUUUACCUGACAAUAUUUAUUUUAGCAAAGUUGACAGAGAAUUCACAGCCUGGUGGCCAUAAUGGAAUAGAAUUAGGGAUUAUCAUCCCUCCCAAAGGACAUGGUUUAUUUAGCAUUUGCAGAAUUAUUAAUAAAGGCCUAAUUAAACUUGUUUCAAAUCUGAUAUGUAUCAAUUUUUCGCAGACUACCCUAUUAUGGCAAUGACUACUACUUGCAGUUUGAAGGAUGAAAAUAAUAAAUUAAUAGCUAUUUUGGCUUCGGAUCAAGAGUUGCUAGAUAAAUAUUAUAAGCAUCCUAGGUUAAAUGUGAUGAUUGUGAAUGUUGAUGGAAUGUUAGUAAUUAGUACUAUGGAGAGUCAAUUGAUAGCAAAUGCAACAGAACUUGGAUAUUUUUAUGAAUAAGACGUAACUGGUUUCAACAAUGAGGAUUGGCAUUAGAUUGUUAAGUUUGUGUAAAAUCACUCUUACGAAUCAAAUUGUCAAUAUUUUCCAGUUCCAGAUGAUUUGAUAUGCCGUUAUAAUUCAUUGCUGAAACAGGAUGUGAUAUUCUAGGUGCAGAACUUAUCAAACCCAAACUUUCUUUACAUAUUGUAAGAAAUGGAUUUUGUAAAUUAUUUAGAUUCUUCAAUUUGACUGAUGAAAUUUAAUAGUUGGUUGAUCAAUAAGAAAUAAUACAAGAAAUCAACAUCUAAUCGUACUACACCAUCUUAGUCCUGUUAUCGAUAGCGCUAUUAAUCAUAACGAUUCAAUUGUUAUGUAUAUAGAUAAUCUUCCUUCCUCUGAACGAUUUAAUUAAACACUCAAGGGCUUAUCUCAAAUCUAACUCUCACAGACUUCUCUUUAGAUAGAAGGAAUUCUACUUAUAUAACUUUUACAUUGAUGGUUAUGCAAGCAGUAUUGAUAUUCUCAAUUUUAGAUAAUAUCCUUUUGGGGUUAAAGUUGGCAUAUAAAUAGAUCUAUCACAGAAUAAGCAAGUAAAAAUUUAAGAAAUGUGAUUAAUGCUAGAUCAUUUAGAAGUUUUAGUAUCCUUCAAAUUAAAUACGAACUAAACUACAUUUAAUUAAAUAACUGGAUUUUGAGUACUCCAUUAGAUUGACAGAAAAUCAAAUAAGGAAACAAAUAGUUUAACCAUGUUUAGUUAAGUCUUUUGAUUUUUGA